AUGCUGCUCUGGUCCCUGGUUCCUUCCUUUCCCCACCCCUUUCCCUCCUCUCCCUUUCCCGCCUUCUCCCUUCUCCUCUUCCUUCCCUCUGCUCCCCUCCCAUUCCCCGAUCACCAGUACAUCCAGUGUCCAGUGAGCACGCUAUGUGUGGGUCAAGCAGCCUCCAUGGUCACGCUUCUGCUCGCAGCAGGCGAGGCGGGGCAGAGGCGGUCACUACCCAACGCGAGGCUCAUGUACAUCCAGUGCCCAGUGAGCACUCUCUGCGUGGGCCAAGCUACCUCUAUGGCCACACUGCUGCUUGCAGCAGGCGAGGCGGGGCAGAGGCGCUCUUUACCCAACGCACGGCUCAUGGUGCAUCAGCCGUCAGGGGGCGCGCAGGGGCAGGCCACGGAUAUUGCCAUUCACGCAGAGGAGAUUAUCAAGACCAAGGGCCGGCUGAACGGGCUUUAUGCUAAGCACACCGGGAAGGAGGUUGAUGUGAUUGCUGAGAGCAUGGAGAGGGAUCGCUUCAUGAGCCCUACAGAGGCACUCACUUUCGGGCUUAUAGACGAGGUGAUUGACAAAAGACCCGCAGCCUUGGUCACAGAUGGUGUCAAGUGA